AAUUUUACUCUGUGUGACCAUGGUUUCAAAGGACCCAGAUAUGAACUGUAUCAGUGUAUUCAUUGAUAUGAUUGUCACUGAGUUCCUUCCCAAUGUUUGGAUUAGUUUCUCAAUGAUUUUAAUAAAAAAAAGUUGCUUUAUGACAUUAAAUCUUUUGGAUAUAUACUUUUAGUCAAAAUCAAUAUAGUUUCUCCCUCCAUUCCUAUAAAUAUAUAUUUUAUGAACAUGCCUGAAUCAUAGACAAUAGAAAUUGCCAUUGCACUUACCAAGUAUGCAGUUGGCUUGAUAUUUGAAUUUUCAGUCUGUGUAUUUUCUAAUUUUGCCCCAUUUACUAGUUUCAGACCAUGUUUACAAAGCUUCACGAGAACAUGGUAUUAUAAUUUUAUUUUCAAUCACAUGAGUUACAAAUGUAUCUGCGUGCAAAAAAGAUUGAAUGUUCCUUGAAGAUACUAAAUAAUACAAUUUUAUCAAGCAGAACCAAGUUUUUGUGAUUUUCUUCAAUCAUCAUUGUUAAGUUUCCUGGUUUCUUGAUCAUUCUUUGUUUGUUGAAAACCUACUGUUAAAUCUAUGUACUAUGAUGAUUGUCUUCCUCUCUUUCUGAUAAAUUAACCUUCUUAUACCUUUCUCAAUUGCCUGUUCCUGACUUAUUUUUGUGUAUUAUUUAAGUGUUUUGGAUGAAUUUGCAGAAUCUAUCAUUAUUGACUGCUGCUGAAAGCAAACUUUCAGAGGCUAAAAAGAAAUAUGAUCAAAUGGUAGAGAAUAAACAGUUAGAACUAUCAAGGCAUUUGAAAGAAAUAUCUCAGAGAAAUGAUCAGGCUAUUAAUCAUAUUAAGAGGAAGUAUGAGUUGGAGAAUAUGGAAAUUGUGAACAAGGAAAAAGAAAAGGCUGACAAAGCCAUUGCAGAAAUUGAGGCAAAGUGUGGCCAAAAAAUUGAAGAAUGCAAAGAAGAACAAAGGCAGCAGUUGAUGCGCAUUCAAGAUGAACACACGUUGCUCGUUACUCAAAUGAAGCAGGAGCAUGACAAGAGGCAAGCAAGCCUCAUAGCUGAACACAACGAACAGCUAAAGCGUACCCAACUGCAAGCUGAAAAUGAAUUCAAAGAGCCAAAAUUUGUAUAG